GGCCUAAACGGAAAUAAGAAAGUUUACAGGGCUCGGCUGCUAAUAUCGUCAUCUAUAAAAUCCCAAAUAGCAAGCCGCGCAGCGCAGACGAGAAAGGGGUAAUUGUAAAGUCUGCUGCUAGGGUUGCCAAAUUUUCCGUGUUUACUUCAGUUGUUGUAGGCGAAAUGACUCGCAUAUACGUGGGAAACUUGGAUCCACGAGUUAGUGAGAGGGAUCUUGAGGAUGAAUUUCGUGUUUUCGGAGUUAUAGAAAGUGUAUGGGUUGCACGGAGGCCACCAGGUUAUGCUUUUAUUGACUUUGAGGACCGUAGGGAUGCAGAGGAUGCAAUCCGUGAGCUAGAUGGCAAGAACGGCUGGAGAGUUGAACUUUCUCACAACUCUAGAGGUGGGGGUGGUGGUCGUGGAGGUGGAGGUGGAGGUGGGCGAGGUCGCUCUGGAGGUUCUGAUUUGAAGUGCUAUGAGUGUGGUGAGCCUGGUCAUUUUGCUCGUGAGUGUCGUCUGCGUGUUGGGUCGGGACGGCGUCGUAGUCGCAGCCCCCCUCGAUAUCGAAGAAGCCCAAGUUAUGGUCGAAGGAGUUACAGUCCUAGUGGACGAUCCCCUAGACGCCGCAGUUUGACACCUCGUGGGCGCAGCUACAGCAAGUCACCUCCGUACCGUGGGCGUGGACGUGAGGAAGUGCCAUAUGCUAAUGGAAAUGGUCUUAGGGAUCGACGCCGAAGCAGGAGCUGAGUAUUGAAGCCUCCCUCUCUUGGCGUAGUUAAGAGGAAGAUACUGGAAAUGAAUGUUAAUUAGUGUGCUUGGACUUCAGUAUGACUGUUAAAAUGGGCGACGCCCUCAGCUUCUACUCUUGGAUUUGGAUAAGUUCCUUUCUUUCUUUAAUUUUGAGCUGGGUUUUCUUUUUCUCUAUGCAGAAUAUGUAGUUCCAUUAUAGCAGAUCUCAACAUUAUGAGUUUAUUGAGGGCAGUUCAUUGAGAGCUUUGCUAAAA